UAGAAUUCCUCGAUUCGGAGGUGGUGGUGGUGAGAUCUGAGUGAAACUCUUGUCCCUUAGUAGAAUUUCUCGCUACAUCCAGCUGCACAGGGAAAAGAGACCUGGUUGUGGUGAAGUUCGUGACUGAAAGCAGGUUUUCCGCAAUUGUGAUCUCCUCCUAUAAAGACCGUCCUAGAACAGCAUAGGACGGGUUAUAGUUCGCGUGCCGGACAUAGAGGAAUUUCAGGCCGAUUAUUUCACCAACUAGCAGAGUUCCUCUCCAACAUCUUGUAGCUUCCACGCGCGCCUCUCAUGGCUGCGGCAGCGUCGGCCCCUCCGCCGCCUCUCCCGGACGCAGCAGCGACAGCGCAAGCCGUGCAGACGCUGCAGGAGGUGACGGGGGUGGCGGACGAGUCGCACUGCCGCCAGGUGCUGGAGGCGCACGCGUGGGACGUCAACGCCGCCGCCAGCACGCUCCUCGCGGUGGCCGCCGAAGAUCGCGAGCACUUCGGCGGCGCGUCCGGGGCCGAUCUGGGGGGCGGCGAAGGCGGCGGAGAACCCGGCGCCGCAGCCGGCAGGGUGGGCGCUGCUGCCGGCAGCUCCGGUUUGGCGCGUGCCGCCGGCGCAGGGGGAGGGGCUACAGCAGCAGCAGCAGCAGGAAGAGCGGGGCCGUCGAUCGGCAACUCGAGUCUUCGCGCUCGGACAGGAGGGCUUGUGGCAGUCGGCGGAGGCGGGGGAGGCGGAGGGGGAGGCGGGGGAAGCAAUCCUGGAGGAGCAGGGGCGCCUGUGGACGGCACAGCAGCCGCAAUUUCUCCCACCGUCCCCGCACUCCGUUCCGGCCGCGUUCCCAUCCGCGCGUCCCAUCGCAGCCCCUCGUCCUCCCUCCUCUCCCGCCUCCUAUCCCUGCCCUUCUGGGUGCUCCGCGGGGGGAUGGGCGUCAUGGCCAGUAUCGUCGGCUUGGGCCUAUGGGCGGCGGGCGGCGUCCUAACGACCUUCUUCGCGUCGCUUAGCUCCAUCACGCUCUGGCUAGCGGGCGGGCCGCACCCCUACAGCGGGCAUCAGGGGGCCAUCGGCGCGCUUCACCCUCCGCAGCAGGCGGGGGGGGCGGCGCAACAACAGCAGCAGCGGGGGGGAGGGGGAGCGGGGGCCCAGCAGGCGCCGGACGCGGCGGUGUUCCGCCAACGGUUCGAGGCGGAGUUCGGGACCGCGCACCCGGAGUUCUUCCCGGGGAGCUUCGCGGAGGCGCUGCGGCGUGCGGGGGAGCAGUUCCGCUUCCUGCUGGUGUACCUGCACGCGCCGGAGCACGCGGCGACGCCUCGGUUCUGCCGCGACACGCUGUGCGACCCGGAGGUGGUGCGGCUGAUCGACGAGCAGCUCGUGCUGUGGGCCGCGGACGUGCGCAGCGUGGAGGGCUUCCAGAUGAGCCACCGCCUGCAGGCCGUGCGCUUCCCCUUCCUCGCGCUCAUCACUAGCGCACCGGGGGGACGCGUGGCGCUGCUGCAGCAGAUCCAGGGCUACGUGUCGGCGGGGGAGCUGAGGGGCGUGCUGCAGCGGGCGGUGGACGACCACGGGGCGGUGCUGGUGGCAGCGAGGGUGGACGCGGAGGAGAGGGCGCUCAACCGCCGCCUCCGAGAGGAGCAGGACGCCGCCUACCACGCCGCACUGGCCGCUGACCAGGAGCGGGAAAAGGAACGGGAGGAAGCUGCCCGGAAGCAGCGGGAGGAGGAGGAGGCGGCAGCAAGGAGGGCGGAGGAGGAGGCAGAGCAGCAGCGGCAGGCGGAGAGGGCAGCGGCGGAGAAAGCAGCAGUUGUGGAGAGGAGACGAUCGGAAGCCAUGGGGAGACUGGGAGAGCCGCCAGAGAAAGGGCCCGACACCACUCAGGUGCUCAUCCGGCUGCCUGGCGGCGAGCGCAAGGAGCGGCGGUUCCUCUCGUCUGACCGCGUGCAGGCCCUCUACGACUACGUGGACGCGGAGGCCCUGGGCGUGCUGCUGCUGUCGCACCACUACGUGCUCGUCUCCAACUUCCCGCGCACCGUGUACGAUGAGGGCGCGAGAGGCAAGACGCUGCAGGAGGCCGGGCUGCACCCGCAUGCGAGCCUCUUCGUGCAGAUGGAGGAGCCGCAGGAGGAGCGGCAUGUGGAGGCCAAGGGGAAGGACUUGUAGGGGGGUGGUGGGAGUGGAGGGGGAGGGAGAGGAGGGAGGAGAGGGAGGUGAGGGAGGGGAGGGAAUGGUGGAACGUGGAUUUCUUAGGCUGCACUGAUCUUUGUCCAUGUCCAUAGUGUGUGUGUGCUCGUAUUGUGGCCCGGACAGGAAGCCAAGGGCUGGUGUGUAACCUUGUGUCUGGGGGCUAACAGUGGUUGGUAUGGUAAGAGUUCAACAGGCAGGUCGCGCUGGUGCAUUGAAGGGCCUGCCUCAGUACUGGUACCGGUAUGAGAGCCAGGAUGGUAGAGGCGAUCACUGUAGGGAAGUGCAGGAAGUAGUUCUGUAAGUUGUGUUGGGUGAGGCAAUCACUGUAGUGGCAUGUCAUGGACGAGCAGAGAAGGGUGUUGAUUCGAGGGCGAUCCUGUUGGCGUGGUUUACAUUCAGUAGUAGCAUGGCAUGGCAUGACGCCAUGCAGCAGCCUUCCAAGUGUGCCUGGAUUACUGACUGCGGUGCAGAUUACUACUGCUGCUGUUACUAAGUGUAAGUGCCAUAAUACA